GCGGAAGGCCCUCCAGUACCAGGAGGGCACCAAGAGGGAGGACCGGUACCUGUGCGGCCCGAGGCUGGAGGCGAAGCUCACGGGACGGGCCGAGAUCGCGGUCGAGCGCUGCAAGGCUGGGUGGCUCUCCAGACCAGAUGGCGUGGAGCGGCUCCUGGCGUGGCUGGAGCGCAGAUGCUCUCGACAAGCCGUGCCAGACGUAGGCCAGGAGCUCGAGACGUUCUUGAUCAAGACGAAGCGCCGCAAGCUCGAGCCAAUGCAGCAGUGGACGGACCGCUUCGAGACAGGGUACCAGUACCUCAGGCGCGCGCUGGCACGCGCGCUGGGACACACAGUCCCGGUCCAGGUCGCUCCAGCAUGGAAGUGGACAGGGCGACCAUACCGCUGGGUCGAGGUCGAACGUGGCUGGCCAUUCGAGGGUAGCGAAUGGACAUGGGAGUACACGGACGGCCUGCCAGACGAUGAGAAUGAGGACUCACACCUCUGGAGCGCUGCUGACCAGGAUGCGGACGCCGAGGAGGAGCUCGUGGACAUGCCAGAAAUAUUCCCGAGCCUGGUCUUGGGCUGGCUGAUGCUCGCGCGGUCAGGGCUCGACUCGCGCGAGCGGGCGGCCAUCAUGACGGCAACCGGCGGCUCGCUGGAGGUCAACACCAUCCGGGAGAAGCUGAUCUCGAGCUGGGAGGACGAUGACCUGGCGGAGCGUGAUGGGCACUCACGGUUCCCGAAGGCGUAUACGGCCCAGCUCGGAGAAGAUGAUCGCACAUGGCUUGACGGAGAUGAGGCACCAGAUGCAAGCAGCUUCGCAGCCGACAUGGAGAACAGCGAGUGGCAGGAGGAAGAACCAGGCCCAGAGGAGGCGAACGAUGACGACAUCGAGAGCUACUUGGCGGCUCAACAGGAGGAGACGGAGGCGCUCGCGGCGAUCCACACCGCCCAGCGCACCCUCCGCCAGGCUCGUGAAGCUCAGGCAGACAGCAGGCUGAGCAGGGGCUUCCACAGGGGAGGCACGCCAGACGCGAGCGCGAUUGUGGCAGAGUGCAGGAAGGAGCUGAAGUUCAACCUCGUGGCCUCGCUGGUCGCCGAGCAGGAGCCCCGGGAGUCGGAGUGCGAGGCGAUGUUUGCGGACCAGGCCAUCCUCGAGGGCAAGGGCAUCGUCGACUUAGGGUGCACGGACGCCAUGGGUGGUGAGCGCGCCCUGGACAUCGUGGCCCGCAAGAACUUGGAGAAGUAUGGCGACACCAGGCUGCUGGACGUGAACCUGGACUACAGGCCAGUCUACAGCUUCGGGAAUGGCGAGAAGGAGCGCGCCUACGGACAGGUGAAGUUCGGCAUCACGGGCGCGGGCGUGGAAGGCGACAUCGCCAUCAACGGUUUCUCGAAGGAUGUCCCGAUCCUGGUGUCCAAGAAGGUGCUGAAGAAGCUCGGGGCCGUCGUGGACUGCGAGACUGGGGUGGCCGUGUUCGUGAAGCUCGCACCGGACAUCCCCGUGCAGCUGGAGGAGUCACCUGACGGAGGCCACUACUACCUGAGCCUGGUCGACGACUUGCUGGAGCAGCGCGUCAAGGACCAGAGCCAGCUGCGGAACUUCAAGACCAUCUGCGAGAGCAUGCGUGAGUGGGACCGCCAGCCCGUGGCCGCAGUGUGCCAGGGGCCGGACAGCAGCUCGGAUGACCGGGCUGAGCAGUUGGAGCGCUACAUGUAUCCAUCUCAAUCUGAUCACACCAUUGUCACCGAUGUGUCUCCAGUUGCUUCAGCAGGAUCGCAUGCUCGUGCGGUGCGACCACUCCGGAUGCCAACGUCUCGCAGUGCAGUACAGGGCCUCUACAAAGCGGAGGUGCUUCACUUACUUCAGGAGCUUGGCCUACCGCGCAGUCCGGCCUGGGGCGUGGACGAGCUGAAGCAGGUCCUCAAGGAGCACAUGUUUCCGAAGGACGAGACGCCAGUGCAGAUGGCCAUGAAGGGUCUCAGCUCGAUGAAGAAGUCCCAGCUCUUGGCGAAGGCAGAGGAGGUAGGCGCCCACGUGACACAAGGCAUGACGAAUCCGUCACUCAAGCUCUCGAUCCGCAAGGCCAUCCUCAUGAAGCAUACCCCGGAGCCGACCGACUACAUGGGCUUCGGGAAGCACGGAGCCAUGACCUACCAGCAGGUUCGGAGCCAGUACCCAUCCUACGCAGCCUGGUGCCAGAAAGAGGCGAACCAGGAGAGCAGCUGGGAGCUGGCCCGGUUUGCCUCAUGGCUCAACGAGCAGGAGAUCAUCGACAAGAAGGCCGGGGUGACCAGGGAUCCGAAGGAGGCCCCGAGAGAGCCGGACAAGGCUCGAGGGGGCGCGAGGUCAUCCCGCAGGAGAACGGUAGACGCGAUCAUGGAGGACGAGAUCGAGGAGCAGGAGAAGCUCGAGGCUGCGAUCAAGGUGCAGAAGGAGGAGAAGGAGUCCAACCGCUUGGUCCAGGAGCAGAUGCUGACGGCACUGAACCAGCUCAACCAGAGCGGGUUCCAGUCCGAGUGGUCUGGCAGAGGUUUGAACUGCACGAAGGAGCUGGACCCCAGGAAGCAGCGCUGGCUUGCCAAGUGCAUCCAGGAGAGCGGCCACGUUGAGGACUACGAGGCGCUGAUGGCCCACGGCAGUGCCCAGUUGAUGGAGGUCGCGCGCAGCCCGACAUCCAUCCUGAGCACUAAGAUGGCGGAGAAGUUCGGCGAGGACGCUGUAUGCCGCAUCAGUGCGUGGAACGGUUUCAAGCUGGGGACACCUGGCGGCAACCAGAGGGCUCGGGAGGCACGUGAUGAGGCUGAACCAGACCACCUGUGGAUCAGUACGAGGUGCGGCCCCCUGUCUACCCUCACCCUCGGCUUCAACGGCUCCAACCCUAUCAGGGCGGAGGCCACCAGGAAGCGCAGGUUGCAGGCCAUCAAGGAGUACAAGGGCGCGGUGCAGUUGGUGUAUGACCAGGUGGCUCAAGGCAAGCAUGUACACUGGGAGUGGCCCAUCAAGUGCGAGGGCUGGGGCCACACGAUGAUCAGGAAGAUGGUGGAGGACUGCUCCAUGACGGUGGUGAAGGUGGCAGGCUGCCAGCUCGGCGUGAAGGACGGGAAGGGCCUGCCGCUGUUAAAGGAGUGGCUUAUCGCUACGACGUCUCCAAAGAUGGCAGCCCGGAUGUCCCUGGAAUGCCCAGGAGAUCACCGACAUGGGGAGCUCACAGGAGGCAGUCUGACAGCGGCCACCAGCUAUUACCCGGACGAGUUUGCCAGACGAGCUGUGCGCGCGAUGACCGAGGAGGCCGCGCCCGACUACCACGAGUUCAUGAGGUGCGUGGUGGAGCCCGGGGAGGCGGCCGACCAGGCGAUGGCAGCCAACCAAGAGGAGACAAAGAUGAACUCGGACUUUAGCUCGAAGGAGUACCAGCAGAUCAUGAGGUGGCUCACCUCAAUCCACCGUGGCUCAGGUCACAGCUCGAAGGCCUCCAUGCUGAACGCACUUCGGAGGAAGGGCGCCAGCCCACAGGUGCUACAGGUGGCUGAGGACUUCCACUGUGACGCUUGCGAAGAGGCGCACAAGUUCAAGUUAAAGUCCAAGAUCUCCCUGAUCAUAGACGAGAACUGCCGGGUGCGCGUCAGCAAGCUACUGUACCACAUGGUUGGCGAGGACCGGCACAGGAAUCCCGUGUGGGCCGACCUCAAGCAGAUCUAUGAGGAGCGCUGGAUGCCCUACUUCGGCAAGCCACAGAGGGUGAAGGUGGACCCCGAGGGCUCCUGGAUGUCCAAGCAGGCGGCUGAGUACUUUGAUUCCGACUCCAUCGCGUACGAACCCAUACCUGGCCAGGCCCAUUGGCACAUCUCCCUCGCCGAGGAGGCCAUCCAGGCCACCAAGGGGACCAUGGACAAGUUGGUGACGGAGAACCCCGAGAUGACGACGGAGGAAGCCCUGGCCAGAGCGACCGCAGCUGGGAACUCACGAGAAGAUGUCCGAGGACACUCACCCCUUCAACAUGCCCUCGGGCGAGCACCAGACCUGGACGGACACUUCUUUGAGAGCGACUUCGACGAACUGCCCUACGUGGAGGCCCAGAGGAAAGACAAGGAGUUCGGGGAGAACUACACCAGGAUGUAUGCUGCCGAGCAGGAGUACCUGAGGCAAGUCUACAUGCGACGCAUCAGCAGGGCAGAGAACGCGAAGAAUCAGGCGGUGAAGUCCGCGGUGCCAGGCACGUGGGUGCGCUACUUCCGGAAGGAGAAGGGUGAAGCCAAGGGCCGAUUCAAAGGGCUCGCGAGGGUCCUGGCCACAGAGACGGCGCGGCCGGUGGACGGGGACCUUGGCGAAGGACGGGCCCUACACCCUGGGCGUGCAGGAUCUGUGGUGUGGCUUGUACGAGCCGGGCGUAUCAUCAAGGUGGACCUCUGCCAGAUCCAGGCAGCCUCCUCACGGGAGAUCGCCUACGCAGAGCUGAUGGGAGGCAAAGACACGCCCUGGACAGUCCACACCUUCAUGAACCAGACGAUGAAGCACGAAUACCUGGCGUCUCGAGCAGCCCUGGAGGAGGAGCCGAUGAAGGAGAACAUGGCCCUCAUGGCGAAGUCCACUCCAGACGCCCGGGCCUUUUGGGCUCGUCAGGGCACGUCACUGGAGGUCUCUGUUGAGGUUCCCCUGGAGGGGAAGCCGCUCAAGCAGGCCACGCGGCACAUGAGUACCUACAUGGCGAGCCAGCUGCGAAAAGGCAAGCGCGAGAUCUCGGAAAGAACGUUGACCCCGGACGAGGUGGCGAAGUUCGGCCAGGCAAAGGCCACGGAGGUGAACAAAUACAUUGUGUCUUCGGUGCUGGAGACGCUCCCACCAGGCGUGACUCCGCCUCCCGAGGACGUCAUGCGCAUGAGGUGGAUCCUCGAGUGGAAGGUGGACGAGAACACGGGCACGAAGAUUGUGGUCCCGGGUUAUAUGGACCCCGAGUACGAGCACCGUCCGACCACCGCCCCAACCAUGACGAGGACUUCGAGGCACCUGGUGCUGCAGACGAUGGCGUGGUUGGGCUUCAAAGGCUACAAAGCGGACGUGACGGGGGCUUUCACGCAGAACAGAGAGAUCCAGCAUGACCUGUUCGUGAUGCCUGUGAAGGAGCUCGCGGCGGCGCUGGGGAUGCCCGAGGGCGUUGCGAUGCGGCUCAGGAAGGCGGUCUACGGGCUCGUGGAAGCAGCGAUCGAGUGGUUCAUGACCGUGAGCGAGGCACUGGAGGAGUUCGGCUGGACCCAGAUGAAGAUGGACCCCUGCGUGUGGGUGCUCUACGGUGACGGCCACGGCAAGGAUAACGGCUUCACCAAGGAGGCGCUGAAGGACUUCACGAACCCAGAGGUGCUCGGGGACCUGAUCGCGGCGAAGGGGGACAUGGACAUCAUAGCCAUUGCAGGGUCGCACGUGUACGACUUCCUGCUCGGUGGCAACGACACGGACCCCCGGUGGAUCACCGCCCGGGAACAGAUUGAGAAGCGCUUCAAGUGGAAAGCCUGGGAGUCGGAGGAGUUCAUGCAGACGGGGGUGCGGAUCAAGCAGCAGCCCGACAGGAGCUUCCGCAUGGACCAGAGCGAGUAUGUGAAGACCAUCGAGAAGGCGUACCUCACCCCGGAGCGCAAGAAGGCCAAGGACAUGCCGACCACCGACAAGGAGAAGGGCCAGCUGAGGGCUAUCUUAAGGGCCAUCGGGUGGAGAUCCGAGCAGUCAGGCCCCAUGCACUCGGCCGACACGAGCCUUCUGCUCAGCACCAUACCAUCGUCCACCGUGCAGACCAUCAACGAGACCAACCGCCUGGUCGAUCGUGUCCGUGAGUGUGCUGAUCUACCCGCAGUGAUACACAGCCACUCUCAGGCACAGGUGCUGGUGCCAGUGGAGUGGUCCGACUCCUCCGAGGCCAACCGUCCCGACGGAAAGUCCACGAAGGGCCUGGUGGCGGGACUGGCACCUUUAAGGAUCCUCAGGGGAUACGAGGCGGACGUGAGCCUCAUAUCCUGGAAGUCCGGGAAGAUCGAUCGUGGUUGCCGCAGUUCCGUGGCAUGUGAGACACGCUCCGCCGUGGAUGCUCAGGACGAGCUGUUUGGCAUCAAGUUGCAGUGGCUAGAGCUCCUAGGCAACAACAUCGACUGGAGGAAGCCCGAGGGGAUUCUACGCAGACUGCCAGGAGCAGUGGUUGUGGAUUCAAAGGGCCUGUACGACAAGCUGCAGACGACGGUCUACACCUUCUGGGGCAAGGAGAAGCGGACCGACGUGGAGGCCACGACCCUGAAGGAGGGGACGCAGGCGGCGAACAACUGGAUGCUCUGGGUACAUGGGGAUGCCCAACUCGCCAACUCGCUGACGAAGGGACACGAGCCAGGCCAGCUGCGGAUGUAUUUCAACAACGGGCAUCGCUGGAAGCUGGUCUACGACGAGAAGUACCAAAGUGCACGGAGGAGGAAGGCCGCUGGAAUCCAGCCGUUCGAGCACGUGGGAGCGGGUAUCCUCAAAACGCCAGGCGGGACAAUGGCCCACAUCAGUGCAGCUGCGUGCCCAGACUUCCCGCCACAUGAGGCCAUGACCGAGUACAGUUCAGACGAGGAGGCGGACUCAAGGAUGCUCA